AUGAGCUUCUCACCACCUCCUCCACCUGUGUUUGCUGGUGAAAGCUACAAUAUAUGGGCUGUUAAAAUGAAAACAUACCUACAGGCACAUGAUCUGUGGAAUGUUGUUCAAAAUGACAUAGAGCCACCACCCUUGAGAGCUAAUCCCACGAUAGCUCAGAUAAGGAUAAUGGCCUGUGACACACCAAUGGAAGCCUGGGACAAACUCAAGGAAGAGUUUCAAGGUUCAGACAAAACUAGGCAGCAGCAACUUAUCAACUUGAGAAGGGAUUUUGAGAAUCUGAGAAUGAAAGACUCAGAAACCAUCAAGCAGUAUGCUGACAGAAUUAUGGCUACUGUCAACAACAUAAGACUGCUUGGGGAUGACUUUAGUAAUCAGAGAGUAGUGGAGAAAGUCAUAACAACCCUGCCAGAGAAGUAUGAAUCAAAGAUCUCUUCCCUGGAGGACUCGAGGGACUUAUCUGCCAUUCCCUUGACAGAGCUGAUAAAUGCUCUCUAUGCACAAGAGCAAAGAAGAGCAAACAGAAUGGAGGAGUAUUCUGAAGGUGCUUUUCAAGCUAGAAGCAGAGAGAACUCAAGCUCGAGCUCGAAUCACAAAGGCAAGAAGCCUUGGUCAGAAAAGAAAGAAAUAGGGAAGAAGGAAGCUGCCAAGAAGAAAUUUCCACCCUGUGUUCAUUGCAAAAGAACAACUCACCUUGAGAAAUAUUUCUGGUACAGGACUGACAUUCAGUGUAGAGGCUGCAAACAGCUUGGUCAUAUUGAAAAAGUGUGUAAAAAUAAACCAAAGGCUCAAUCACAGCAUCAGAAUCAAGCUCAAGUAGCUGAGGACAUCGAGGCAUAG